AUGCAAGCCACCACCGCCCAUCCGCACCCAUGCCGCUCAUGCAUCCCGUCAGCCAUCAACUCAAUCCCAGCCGGGCCCUGCCUAUCCUUUGAAAUAGACUUUUCUGGUACCUGUGCAUGUCGUACAUGUACGCCCACCUUGUUCCCUGUGAAGAUUCACAUUUCAAACCGCAACGUACAAACAAACACACAACAACAUGCGCGCAUGCAUGGACAGUAUCUACCUAGUAUGUCAUAGUUCACACAUACCAAGGCAUACGUCACGCGCCGCCCCGCAAGCACUGGAC